UAUCAACCAUUGUGUCAUGUACAGAGCCACAGUUAUAAGCUUGAUCAUAAUUAACUAGCUCACUACACGACAAGGUACCCCUGUGGCAAAAGAGAUUUAAGACUUCCAAGUCAUGUUAACAAAAAUCUACAUCGAAACGAUGUGAGAUAGUGCGGGCAUUGACAGGCAGUAGUAAUUGAUAACUUCCACCAUCAUAACGCAGACAUGCUCAUCUAAAAGUGAGAACGUGAUUGCCGAACACAGUAAGGUUUCAUGCGAAGCUCUCGAGAAAAUUUCAGAGCCGACCACGACUUGAAAUCCGGAGAAAAUUAGUUUGCUGGGGGAACUUCAAUCAGAACAUGAUUCGUUCUGCUGCAGUGCGUUGUUGAGUUGAGGAGCGAAUGGUUCUCAAUUUUCGUCAGAAGAUUGGAAGACAAUUUAGGCUUUGCACUUAUGAUGACUGCAUUAGAUGGUCGUAGUUUCCGAAUCAUUGCUGCCUGUUUCCUUUCGUUGUUAUCAUCAGUGCAAGCGGCAAAUCCAUCUUCUGAACAAGCAUUGAUUAGGACUCUGUUACAUAGUUACGAUCGGAAUGCUCGGCCAGUGCUCGACAGACGAAGACCCACAAACGUCACGUUCGGACUUGAGGUUGUUCAGUUAGUGAAUGUGGAUGAUCGUAAUCAGAUGUUAACAACAAAUGUGUGGGUCAGACAAAGGUGGAGAAACGAGCUGCUGACCUGGAAAUCGGCAAAUUACAAUGGAGUAAAAACAAUACGAAUAGAUCCAGCAUUAGUGUGGAUCCCAGACGUUGUGCUAUACAACAGUGCGGACAGUUUUUUCAGCGGAGGCCUUGAAAAAUACAAGACACGCGUCAUUCUGGAGCAGGAUGGUCGCCAUGCCUGGUACAGUCCAGCUUCUUUCCGAAGCACUUGCACCAUCGACGUAACGUAUUUCCCUUUCGACGAGCAAACAUGCACUAUGAAGUUUGGCUCUUGGACCUUUGUGAUUACAGACUUAGACAUUGAGGCGGAAGACACACCCACAUUCUCGGACAAGUAUGUAAAAAGUGCUGAGUGGGACCUCAUCAGGGCUUCUAAGAAGCGAAAUGUCCAAUUUUACGAGUGCUGUAGCAUUCCUCUUGCUGAUGUAACUAUCGAGAUGGUCAUUCGACGUAAGCCACUCUUCUAUGUCUUCAAUCUAAUCACACCGUGUAUGAUAAUGCUGACUAUGAUUCUCCUGGGGUUUUUUCUUCCACCUGAGUCAGGAGAAAGAAUCACGCUGAGCAUUACGGUCUUAUUGGCCAUGGCUGUCUUUUUGCAGCUUGUAGCGGAAACUUUACCUCGUAACUCAGAAACUAUUCCCCUACUCGGCAAGUUCUAUAUCACCAUAAUGGCGGAGAUAUCUAUGUCCCUGAUGUGCACUUGUUGGGUGCUGAACAUCCAUCACAGAAAUUCCGGUCGCUCCAUCGUCAAAACACCUCAAUGGGUUGAAAUAGUUGUCCUCGGCUGGUUGGCGAACAUUCUGUGUGUAAGAAAACCAGGCGUUGAAACUGAGAAGAUUCCCAUAAACAAUAAACGGGGAGACAAAGAUAACGACUGUAACGACGAUGACAUCAUUCAAGUGAAAGUUUCGCCUCAAGACCUCAAGGGAAAAUUAUCUUUGAACGGUGAAGCGCAUGCGUUGUUAUCGAUGAACCACGUGACCCCUGUUUGUCGAUCGAUCACGCAGAUUCAGAAAAGAUUCUCGCAGCAUAAUGGUAAUGCCAAAAGUUCUGAAGAAAAAGAAAAUGAAUCAGGGGAUAGUUUGGCUCGUGACUUAGCAGUGUUGGCUGAACAUGCAAAAUUUAGUCGAGAUAUCGAAGACAAUCAAAAGAAAUGGAAGCAUGUUGCUAUGGUGAUGGACAGGUUCUUUUUCUGGUUUUUUAUUCUCACCGUUUUGAUAUCAACGCUGGUAAUUUUUAAGGAAAGAAUACGUCAAGGACGGAAAAGCUCUUAAAGACUUGUUGACAGUAUUUAAAGAAACUAACAUAUAGAAAAACACACUUUGAAGUUUUCCUCCAUCUGGUCUAAACCCCUAAUUGUUAUCAAGGUUUACUCCAAAAUUCCCUCCAUCCUUAUCCCUUAUAAUUAUUUUUAGCUAGAGGCCUCUGACUGUGUAAAUACUGGAGGGGUCUGGACUCCGUUCUUCUAAAACCUCCUCGAGCUUGCCCGGUUGUCAAAACAAGGGGCUUAGAAUGAUGAAUAUGAUUUUAAUUGUCUAUUCACCUUUACUUUUAGUACACGUCUAUUAACGUGAAACAUUGUCAGUUAAUGCCCUGAGUGCGAGCGAUUUUAUCAAGCGUAUCUCGGUUAUUGUGGGCGAAAAAAUCGCACCAGCUGCAGACCUGUAACAAAGCGACACUUCCAUUCAGCCAGUUUAUAGAUAAUAGAACUUUUUAAUACCCAACCACGCGUCUGUGUUAUAAUUUGUAUCGCUCAGCAUGUAAAUUGAAUUACUGUGACAGUAAAAAAGCAAAGCCGUCGAGGUUCCU